AGAAAUUUCUUUUUUUGUCAUUUAGGCUGAGAUAUGGGAUAUUGAUACUGUCAUAAAAAAGUAUGGUCAUGGAAAUUUGAAACAAGAAGAAGUUAAAUGUGGUGUCCAGGUUAUUAAAGAUCAUAAAGAGCCAAUCGCAACUGCAACUUUCUCACCAGAUGGAACCGCGAUUGCCAUUGCUAGUACUGAUGGAGUCGUUAAUUUUUUUCAAGUCAAUAUUCCUGAACAAGAUGAGUCUCCAAGAUGUUUACACAAGUGGAUUCCCCAUAACAAUAAACCAUUGUCAUCCUUGUAUUUCCUAGACAACCAUAAGAAUCAUAAGCCAGAUGUUCAAUUUUGGAAGUUUGCAGUGACAGGUGCUGAAAAUAACACUGAACUAAAGCUUUGGAGUUGCGAAUCUUGGAACUGCUUGCAAACAAUUAGGAUUCGUCCUAAUUCUGAAGAUGUAAUCGAGCCAGUUUUAAAAGCAGAGAUGGAUCAUUCUUCAAAGUUUUUGUUUCUUUCUGACAUCAAACGAAGAGCUGUAUUAAUCAUGUACAUAAUGCAAGAUCCUGUGUCUGGUUCUGCCAUGAUAUGUUCUCUGUCUGAAUAUAGAGUAUCUCUCCCAAUCCUCAGUUUAGCCAUAUCCAGUAUUAGCUAUACAAAGUCCCAGUCUUUCUCAGAAGAUAAGAAUUCUGAUGAUGAAGGUGAUAUCGAACAAGCUGGAGAUGAGUUGAACAAUGCUGAUGAAUCUCUAAAAUACAUUUUGAAGCUGUUCUGGAUACAAACAAAAGCUCUUCAGUCUUCAAAAAUCUAUUAUCAGCCGAAAAUGAAUUCACCCUUAAUGUCUGCCGAAUCCAUUAGUUCAUUGUCACAAGAUUCAUAUGUUUAUAAAGAUGGCCUGUCAGACAUUAGCGUUGAUCUGAACACAUCCAGCCGUAGCCGUAAAGAUGACAUAUCUCUACAAAAGAAUUUAUGUAUUGAUGAUCUCUCCAUAACUUCUCCACCUGCAGCCACCUCACUUCCUUCCCAUAUCUCUACUUAUUCUAAUUGCUCAGAAGUCCUUCUCACUCCGAAUGAUUUCACGUCUCCCUCCCACACAAAUCUUUCGGCCCCCGACUCGUUCACUCACCCUGAAGAUGUGUCUACAAAGUGUGAGGGUAUCGAAGUUGUAGAGGCCUCAUCUCUUGUUAGAAGGAAGUCUUCCCAGCAUAGUGCUACUAGCUCACCAAGCAGAGAAGUUGCUGAAAUUCUUGCACCUAUUAAGAUUCUUAAUUUAGAUGAAAUACCCAGUGAUUCAUCUAGUGUGAAACAUGAAGAGAAUGGUUUAGAAGAUUUUAAUUUAUCUGAAGCUGCAGGAAUUUCAAGGAAUCAAGAAUAUCACAUGAAAGAUUGGCCCCAGGCUCCUGAUCACACUAAAAGUUAUAGGAUUUCAGCCAUGAACAUGAAUGACAAUUUAAAUUGCAGUGAACUUUUGGGCCCUACCCAUUUUCAAGCUGAAAGCAGAGAAACCUCAGAUAUAUCAUUAGAUAUGAGCUCCAAACUCUUGAAAUUCAAUCACAAUCUUGAUGAAAUGACACAGAAAAUAGGUGCAUUUACUAACAUAAUGCAUGACCAGCGUUGCGAUAUCCAGAAUUUGCAGAAGGAAAUAAAACUAUUACGCCAAAACCAAAUGCUUAGUCAACAAAGUUUAGAUGAAACUGUGAUAACCAGUAAGCUAGAAGGUGUAGUGUCUCAAACUCUAUUACCACAUUAUUCUAGAUUGGAAAAUUUAGUUUUAAAGAAGGCCGAUGAAGAACGCCGAAGAACAGAGCGAGAGCUUAUCAAAAUAUCAAAUGAUAUGUCCUCAUCACUUGGCAAUAGACUUGAAAGUACACUUAAGCAAGAACUCUCCGCCAAUAUUGUUCCUCAAAUUAACAGAGUGCUUGAUACCGUGUCCCAAAAGAUGCAGCUAGAUUUCAAUCAAAAACUUAGUGCAACUGAUACUAGUCUUCGAGAAAAUUUUGCUAAGCAUUUAAAAAGCAAACCAUUUAUGGAUUCCAUCGCUCAAGCUGCAUCAACUAGUUUGCAAGGUGUUGUGCAAGUUGCAUGCAAAGAAGUAUUCCUCAAUAAUGUUGUGCCUUCAUUUGAAAAAGCAUCUCAGCAUCUAUUUCAACAACUUAAUGAUGUGUUUUAUAAAGGCACAUUGGAGUAUUUACAGUCAUUUGAAAGAAGUAAUCAACAGUCUAGUACUACACUUGAAACAGUUGCUAGCAGUGUCAAAGAUGAAAUGAAAAAACUUGUUGUUGAUGCUCAACAAAAUCUGCAUGCUCAAAUAACGAAGUCUGAGACGCUUAAUACAAAUAUAGUAAAACAACAUGAAGCUCUUCUUGCAAGUGUUCGCCAGAUUGUUCAGGAGGAAACUCGAAAAAUGUUGAGAGAACAGCAAAAUGCUGUUCUGAAUUCCCGCUCAACCACCCCAGUUCCUCUCGCUGAUCCUCAACUUCAAAAACAACAAUUGAGAAAGUUGGUGAUGCAAGGGAAUUUAAAUGAAGCCUUUCAAGAAGCACUCACUGCUAUGGAUGUUCAGCUGGUGUUGUAUCUUUGUGAAUCUGUAAACGUUGAACAAGUGUUUGGGCCUACUCCCUGCCCUUUGCAACAACAUGUAAUGUUAUCAUUAGUUAACCAAUUGUCAGCAGAUCUUAAUGUUAAAACUGAAAUAAAAGUCAGGUAUAUUGAGGAAGUGAUUCCAUGUUUGGAUAAUGAUAAUGCUAUCACACGAGAUCACAUUCGUACAGUUUUGGAGAAUCUUCAACAUCGUAUCAGCACCUUUUUAUCUAGGAAUCCCAAUCACAAACUCUCUCGUUGCCUCCGAAGAAUAAAUAUGGCCAUAAACUCCUUAAUUAAAUGAUACUAAUAUGUUUAUAAUUUCUGUAAAGUAUCAUAGUUUCUUUAUGUAUGUAGAUUUCAUGAAUAUUAGACUUUUUUCAUUCUCAUUAACAUGGAAAGAAGAAAAAAAUUUAUAUUCUGAAAAUUAAACUUGGAAAAAUAAUCAACUUCUUCUUUUAUUGCAUUCAUAAAUGCUACUGAUUGUUAUCCUUAGCAUUUUUAUAAAUGUUGUAUCAUACAUGGAUAUAAAAUAUUUUUAACUUUAAAAAAAAUCUUGUUUUUUCAAGUUAUUUGUAUCCUGUUUUUGAAUGUUAGUUUUUAAUAUUUUUUUGCUGAAUUUAUGAAAAUUAUGUGUUACAAUUUGAAGUUAGUUUUUCAAUCCUUCAUGUAUAACUUUAAUUAAAAAUGACAAAAAAAUUUUUAAAAUAUGUUAUUUUAAAACAAAUUUAGUUGUGUAAAUUUAACCCCAUUUUUCAUUCCAAAAAAUAUUAAUCUGAUGAAAAGAAAUAAUCUAUGGGAAUUACUAUACAAAGAAUUAUUUAUUUUAUUGAAUUAAAAAAUUUGUUUAAAAGUUAUUCCUUGCCAUUUAUAAAUACUCUUCAUCAGGAGUACAAUUCUUCCAUCCUCAGUCUUAAAAUAAAAUAAUUUUUUCACUUUUAAAAAAAUUUUUUAUCUAAAUAAAAAUUUCUAGUUUUAUUUUAACACUCUUGAUUGUCAGUUUUUCUUCAUUUGAUUUAAAAAUAAAGCCUAAUUAGCAGGGUUGCCACAGACUACUAAAAUGCGACUAUUUGCUACUAUUUUUGGCCUUAGGCGACUUUUUUUGACUGAAAAGGCAAAAAAAGCAUCUAUUUUCAGGAAUAGGCGACUAUUAGGAUACUUUUUUACUCUUAGCGAAGUUUUUUCGCAAAAAUGAGUGUUACCUUUUAGAACGUUAAUAAAAGAAAACAAACUUUUAUACAAUCAUUUAUGUCCAGAAAGCCAAAAAUUUAAAUUUCCAUUAUUUUUAAUAAAGUACUUGUUAUAUUUUCUCUCUGAGAGGCAGUUUUGUUAUUUUUAAUUGUUUUUCCCUUCUAUUAGGCAUGAGGCUUCUAAAAGCAACUAUUUUUGUUCAUUUUUUACUGUGGCAACUCUGAAUUAGCAAUUGCAUAAUUGCAAAAAUUUAGCAUGUUCAACUUGAGGGCUGUCCAUAAAUUGUACUUAAGCAACUGAAGUAUCUUAUCUGUUGUACCUGAUUUGUUUAGACUCAAAUGUAGAAACUCAAACAAAAAUAACUUUAAUUAAAACUCUCCGCAUAUUUACUAUUUUGAAGAGGCUGUAACAAAGAAUAGUUUGAUGGAGAAUUAUUUUAAAGUUUUUUGGUAAUUGCUUUGUACAGUUUACUUAAAAUGUUUUGACUCUAAUUAAUAUUUCAACAGUCUCAGAAAAUCAUGAAAUAAGGGUCGGUUUUCACUUUUGUUAAAAUAAUAUCUGGCUGCUUUCAUAGUUAUUGCAACUGUUUAGGUAGAAAUGAGCUAGCUGACGAAGCAGCACGGGCUAGCUCUAAUGCAAUUUUCUGGGGCCCUGAACCUGCGCUGGGAAUUUCUCCCUCCUCAUUUAGGGCAACCAUAUUCAAGCUCUACGGCAAGAUCGCCCAUGAGCAGUGGCGCGCUGCUGACGGUCAAAGACAAGCUAAGGAGCUGAAUCGAGACUGUCCUAGUGUACGUCAAAAGGAGCUCUUAAAGCUUAACAGAAACAGUAUAAGGAAGAUCAUUGGUCUUCUUACUGGUCACUGUAUCCUCAGAAGACACCUAAACAUUAUGGGAAUUGAAUCAAAUUCUCUUUGUCGGGGAUGUCAUCUAGAAGAAGAGACAUCACGACACAUACUCUGUGAUUGUGAGGUCUAUUCUGCUCAAAGAUUUGAGCAUUUAGGACAGCAUAUUGUCAAUGCCUGGGAACUGCAAGAUGUUCCUGUAAGGUGCUUGCUGAAUUUUAUUUCAGCCAUAGGGCUCUCAUGCUAAUCAUGAUUUUAGGGUUUGGGUACAAUAGACCUCUGGUCGAUGUGCCCUGCUCGUCAGAGCUGCCCAACCUCUAAGUCUAUCUAUCUAUCUAACUGUUUAGUUAAUAAAUACUAAGUUCUGAUUACGAAAUCUAGCAAUUUUUAAUUGAAUAUUCAGUUUUCAGAUUAACUUUGAUUUACAAUUGAAUCCAAUUAAUGUUUUGAUAAAAAUUUAAAUUUCGAUUAAUCGAUGAAAAAUUCCCAUGUUUACCAAAUAGUUAUUUUGUCAGUUUCAAAAAAUAUUUAGGUCUUAGGAAUAAGGCUAAAGUUACAUUUUUGGGUCAUAUGUUUGCAUUUUUUAAUAGAAUAAAUAUUAAGUUAUAAAAUUUAUAGUUUUCAUGUAUUCAAAACCAUAAAGUUAAAAUGUUGAUUAAUUAUAAAAGAAUAUUUUAAACUAAAUUUAAGAUUUAAGUCUACUUUAAUCUGUAUUAAAAUUUAAUUUGGCCAGAAUCGUAUUACAAUGAAAGAUUCCAUCUAAAGAUUAUGUUUCAGAAUGUUUGUUUUUGAUAAUAAAAAUUAAUUUUUAUGUAAA